GGAGAUUCAGUCGUAGACUGGAUAGGUGGCGGAGCGGUCUAUGGUCAUGGAGUGCUGGCUGAGAGCAGUUUUGUUUCGCCUCGCAGUCCUACAGGUGUGCGUGGUGGGGGCGCUGGGUGUUGCAUUGCCCGGCGAAGUUCUCCGCUACGACAACGGGGCCUCCCGCCGCCAGGAGGAGGGGGAGCCUGGGAGGAGGGUGACGGGGGAGUGGAGUUGGGUGGACGCUGCUGGACACAAUCACCGCGUCCGCUAUAUCGCUGAUGAAUUUGGCUUCAAAGCUUUUGGAUCCGUAGAUCCUCGGAGCGAUUCAGGUGCCAACAGCGGCACCGUAAAGGAAAGUGAUCUUUUGGCACCGACAGGAAGCAGCCGAAGCCUUAAGAGAACGGACCGAAAAUUGACGGAUGUUACAACGCAAUCGCCAAGACCGAUUCUCGAGACAACGAAUUCUGCUAAUUUUGUCGUGUUGGAAGAAGCUGAUCUCAAAAAUGGAAGGCACGAUCAGGUUAGAGCAAAUUUGGUGCCCAGUGAUGAUAAGUCGAGGAAAAUUAGCGCCGUCGAACGCAUGGCUGGCAUAUCUGUCGGAGAACUUGCAAAGUUGAAAGCCAAGUCCGACGUCAAGAUGCGAAUGAAAAAAGGAGAUCCUACUGUUAAGUUGGAGCCCAGUGCCAUAGGAAAGAUGUUGCUUGGUGACGUUUCAAGAUCGUCAAAUGAUUUGUUUCAUUCCGAGUUACCAAACCCGAUAGACGGCACCGACUUCGUCCUUAUUGACAGCCUACAGCCACCAACCGUCCCAAAACAAAGAACUCCACACAUUCGAAUUAUUCCGGUCCUCGUGACCGCGAGUAAGCCCAAAGACGUGAUCUCUGGAGUUCAUACUUCGUCCAAGUCGAAGUCAUUUUCGGCGUUGGUUACUCCUAACCCUGAAGUCACCAGCGCUCCAAGAAAAAGCAUCGUGCCUCAGCCGCUCAAAGUUGAGGGAAACCUCAAUUUUGAUAACUUUUUCUCACCCAUAAACUUGGCCAAAAUGACUCCACCUCCAUUUGAAAUUGGUUCUCUAGAUGAUUAUUACUACGAUUAUGAUUAUUACGACUAUGCUGAUCUAUCAUCCAAUACAACCACGAACAGCACAGACGUCCCUGCUCCGAAUAUUGUUGAACUCGACGAAGAGAGUAGCAGCCAACCUACGGACUCUCCAAACAUUCCUUCAACCACUCCUGCGACAGCUAAAGUUUUACCUCGACCUCAGUCUCCUUCAUUUGGGCAACUACGUCCAGUUAAAGUUAUUUCGCGAUUUAAUUCUGAACCUGAUAAAGGCAGAUCAGAAAUAAUCUCAACGCCCUCUUCGUCUCCCGUAUUACCAGAGUCUGAACGUUCAUCGCCUGCUCCCCCAGACACCACCACCACUCGUAAGAGGGUCGUCACUACCACAACAGACGCCCCCAGGCUGCCAUCCUCACAAUUCUCUUUCCCUCCAACUUUUCCACCUCCUCCGAGAAUAGGAAAACGAAUAGUAGAACCUAUUCGUCAUAGUUCUGGUGGAGUUCGUAGAAGUAAGAUGAGUAGAAUUGAUGAUAACAGUGCCAGUAAAGAGCAUCGGAGCUCCGAAGACGAGCUUGAUAAUAGCACAGAAUCCACUCAAGAACGCGAUGAUUGAACAGCCAAAAAUUCCAGAAUCUGCGUCAAGUAGACAUUUUUUUGUUUAAGUGGUAAAUAGCUCGUGAAGUUCAGCCUAACUUCUGAUGAGGCGAGUCCCAUACGCAAGUUGAACUUUGCUUGCCCCCCUUUAGCCACGUUUAUAUUUUGUACAUAGAUAAUUUAGUGUCUCUCGCCUCAAUAUGUGCCUCCUUCUAGAGCUGUGAUAUUCCUAUGUGUUGUUGUGUGUGCUCUCUCUAAUCGACUACCAUGCAGCUGAUCGAAGUAAUAAUCCGUACAUUUCAUGCUAGCUUCCCAUUGUAUAGAUGGUAGUUGCGGACAAUAAAUGCUAGGUUCCCAUUGUAUAGUUGUAUACAUUUCAUGCUAGAUUCCCAUUGUAUAGUUGCGCUAUUUUAUACUUGCGCGCAUAUCAUGCUAGGUUUCCUUUGUAUAGAUGCAGAUAUCUCAUGCUAAGUUGCUAUUGUACAUUUGGCCACGUUUCAUGCUAGGUUCACAUUGUAUAGUUGCGUAUAUUUCAUGCUAGGUUGCCAUUUCAUAGUUGCUGACAUAUCAUGCUAGUUUCCCAUUGUAUAGUUGUGCACAUAUCAUGCUAGCUUCCCAUUGUAUAGUUGUGCACAUUUCAUGCUAGGUUUCCAUUGUAUAGUUGUGCACAUUUCAUGCUAGGUUUCCAUUGUAUAAUUACGGAUAUAUCAUGCUAGGUUGCCAUUGUAAAGUUAUUUGAAUUAUAUAAUUGUCAAA